AUGAGUAAUAAUCAACAAACAACACCUCCACAACAACAACCUUCUUCUUCUUCUUCAUCUUCAUCAAAUCAAAGACCAAAUAAUAUAUUUGUACAAAAUGUAAAAGAACAAGGUCUAGGAUUAGGUGCAUUAAACUUGAAUACUUCAUCAGCUCCUUCUUCACCUUCAAAUCACAACUCUUCAUUUAUGAAUAGAUCACAGUCAUAUAAUCAGAUUGCUAGUACUUCUACGCCUACUACUACAUCACCACUACGAGAUGAUCAUCAUAGAGCAUCAACAAAUUCAUUAUCAAAUUCAAUCGAUUUUGGUAGUAGUCCAUUACAUCUUCCAACAGCUCAAUCAUCAUCAACAUCAUCUUUAAUGUCAUCAGCAAGCAUUAUACAGCCACAUCAUCCACAAGGAGGAAAUAAUAAUAAUAAUCCAGAGUUACCUUAUGUAUAUUCAUCAUCAAAUGUUCAAGGUUUAACAGGUGAUGAAGCUACACUUAAAAGAUUAAUUAGAGUUGGAAAUUGGAAUAAUGUAUUUAAAGUAGCAGAUAUGUGUAUUGCAGGUACAAAUAAUCCAUUGUUGAUCUUACAAUAUAAACAAUGUCGUAUAGUAGCGCAUGUAAGGAUGAGAAACUAUAAGAUUGCAUACGAUGAAAUACAAGGAAUUGGUGAUGUACGUGAUCUUGUCAAUUGUUAUGAAGCCUAUCCAGCACUCUUUCCCAACAAAAAGGGUACAAUGGUACCUUUUUCAAUGCGAGUCAUCAAGGCUGAAUUGGCAUGUCACUUGGGAUUGGAGAAAUAUCAACUCGACGCAUUGUAUGCAUUGUUGUCAACUUGUAAACGUGAAAUACUCAAUCUCGAACAACAAGAAUUCAAUCGUCAAAACAAUGGAUUUGGUGGUGGCAACUCUAUGAUGGGUAGUUCAUUGGAUCAACAACAAAUAUUUUUAUCACAAGUAGAUGCUGCAACAACCUCUCUACUUACACCAACAACUACAUCUCCUAUUACAGGACAAACACCAUCUUCUUCACCUCCAACUUCAUCACAACUUCAUCUUAGUGUUCAUGUUGAUGAAUUAUUUGAAAAUCAAGAUCAAACUAAUACUAAUGGUUUGAUAACAUGGAGAUUAAGAGAAAGAAGAAUUGUAUUUUCAAUUGUAACAUUUAUUAUUCAAAAGAAUAAGGAUUAUUUAUUGGCAGUUAAAAUCAUAGAAGAUUUAAUUCAAAGACAACAAGCUGAUCAAUGGACACUAUCGGCAUUGGGUAGAAUACAUUUACAAAUGGGUAAUGUCAGUCAGGCAGAGACAAUAUUUAAGGUGACCGAUCGGUUGAUUCCAGAACCAGAGAUUUCGGUACUUUCACAUAUGAACAAGGGUUUCUUGGCAAUUGCUUUGGAUCAGUAUGGAGCGGCAAUAGGUCACUUUGAUAAGGUUAUUCAGUUGGAUCCUACAAACAUCCCAGCAUCCAACAACAAAUGUAUAGCAAUGUUGUACACAUGUGAUCUCUCUGGUGCAGUUCAUGCACUCGAACAAUUGAUGAACAAGGAAAAGGAAAAGACAAUUGACGAGACCUUAAUCUUUAACAUUUGUUCACUCUACGAACUGUCAAGUGAAAAGAGUAAUGAAAAGAAAAAAGCAAUCAUGGGUGAUAUUGCUCGUCGUGCUCCCGAUAACUUUGACUUUAAAGUAUUCAAAAUUACAAAUACUCAAAAUUAA